CCGCGCACACAGCAGCGGCAAAUACACAGCCAGCCAUCGCGAACCAGAAGAUCACUACCCAGCCAAGCAAAAAACGGAGGCCACCAGAGCAUGGCGACCGCGGCGGCCUCGUCGUUCCUCUCCCCGGCGGCAAAGUUCGCGCUCCAGAGCCGGUGCCCAGGCGCCAAAACUGCGCCACGUAGCGUCCGGUUCCCCCCGGUGCGAGCCCAGCAGGAGGUGAAAGAGGAGGAGCCCGCGGCGACCGUGCCCCCGCUGCAGGAGGAGCAGGCGACGGCGGCGGCGGCGGCGAAGGGCCCCGCGCAGUCGCUCCCGCGGCAGCCGCGGGCGGAGAGCAAGAACAUGGGGCGGGAGUACGGCAGCCAGUGGCUGAGCUGCACGACGCGGCACGUGCGCAUCUACGCCGCGUACAUCGACCCGGAGACCAACGCGUUCGACCAGACGCAGACGGACAAGCUCACGCUCAUGCUCGACCCCACCGAGGAGUUCGUCUGGACCGACGAGACAUGCCAGAUGGUCUACAACGAGUUCCAGAACCUCGUCGACCACUACGAGGGAGCUCCACUGUCAGAGUACACGCUUCGUCUCAUCGGCUCAGAUCUUGAGCACUACAUCCGCAAGCUGCUCUAUGACGGGGAGAUCAAGUACAACAUGAGGUCCAGAGUGCUCAACUUCAGCAUGGGCAAACCCCGCGUCAAAUUCAACAGCAGCCAGAUACCAGAUGUAAAAUAGAUGUAUACAACUCGGCGAGCUGACGAGUUGUACACACUCGCUCUUCCAUAAGAGAGUAGCAUUUACAAGACCAUUCCAACACAUAUAUACAAAACAAUGCAUUGCCGUACUCUCUGGUCUCUUUGUGAGCUUACUAGAGAACACCGUAUAAAAAUCAAGGCUUAUAUAAGUGUGUUCUUUCAAGAAUGCUCUGUACGACAACUUCUUUGCUACAUAGUCAAUAGAAAGAAAUUAAGGCAUUCUUGUCA